CAAAUCGCGCCAGUAACCCCAGCAAUCUCCCCCCGAGUCGCCCACCCAUUUCUUUUCACUGUCUCGUCUUGCGCGCCCAAAGAUUUGCUGCUGGUCGUCGUGAAAUCGCAAUUUUGCUGCUCGCGAUCUUCGACUCUGGCCCUUUUCCAGUAUUACUGCUUUCCUCGCGCCAUUCUCCUUUCCACCUCCGUUGGCUUACUUAUUCUUUAAAUAUCACAUUCCUUUACAUUACUCAUUUAAUUGAUUGGCCUCAAGAAAGAGAUUUCCUAUUUUUUUUCUUCUGUACUUUGUUUUCCAUUCGACCACCACAUCAAACGCAACGCCACAUUCUUGAUCCAGUUCAGCCUGGCAACAAUGUCUAUUACAAGAGAACACAGUCUGCCAGCGAGGCGCAAUCCAUACAUGGUUGAGGACGUUCCAGAUUAUGCCGAUCUUGUGAACUGCCGAGCUUUGGGUCAAACCAAACUGACUCAACGAGUCGCAAUCCCCAAGGAUGCUGAAUCCAAUGGUCUUCGUGUCUUCGAUUAUGCACAUCUCCGCGCACCUCUUCCGAAAGGCGUAGUUUCGGGAAUUUUCAGCAAAGGAACUCCAAAUGCCUACUUUCUGAUGCGACGAAGCUCGGAUGGCUACGUCUCGGCCACCGGCAUGUUCAAGGCUACUUUCCCAUACGCUGAUGCUGAGGAUGAGGAGGCUGAACGCAACUAUAUCAAGUCUCUCCCGGCUACCAGCAAGGAAGAGACGGCUGGUAACGUUUGGAUCUCUCCAGACCAGGCACUCGCGCUUGCCGAGGAAUACAGCAUCGCCACUUGGAUUCGCGCGCUGCUUGAUCCCACCGACAUCCCACUUCACGGGCCUCAAUCUGCCAGGGCUGCAGCUGCAUCAUCAAAGGUUAUUUCAGCGCCACCAAAAUAUUUCCAUGGCAUUGCGCCUCCGACUCCUAGCUCGAUACGCACCAGCUCCCGUACGAGGCGAUCGGCCAGCCCUACCAAGUCGAGCCGUGCGACAGCAAGCCCUCGCAAGCGCUCGUCAAAGGCUCUUUCGUCCCAGCAGAGUGCACCAUCGGAAACUAGCAGUGCGAAACCGUCAGCAUCACCGACUCUGGCUACCUCUCAGCUUGGUGCCGCUCCGGCAUUGCCUGUUCCCGUCCCCGUGCCUGCGCUUGAGCCGGUGGCGGAAGAUGUCGUUAUUGAGUCACUCGAGAAGGAGGAGCCUGCGCCAGUUCCUAUGGAAGAAGAUGAGCCCAAAGUCAAGAUCACUGUGGACCAAGACGUAAAGAUUGACGAGAAUGGUGUUGAAACGACCCAUACCAAUAUGGAGGUCGAAUUACCUUUAUUUGGAGAGCCGCCAUCCGCCGAGGAGACGGCACGCAUGGUUGCCGAAGCAAAGGAAAUGGUCUUGGCUGCGAAAGAAACGGUCUCGGGAUCUGCCUCUGUACCCGGCUCCCCCUCAGUGACGAGGCAGCCUGAAACUCCAGUGAAGACCAGCAAGAGGAAAGCCGAGGGCAUCUCUGUUGACGAGCAGGAAGAAGCGGAGAAGGACAAGGAAGACCGGGUCGUUGAGAAUGGGCCAAGGGCCAAAAAGAUGAAGACGGAGGCGGAACAGAAGCGGGACCGCGUGCGUAAGCGCGCGCUGUUCGGAAUCAGUGCCACUUUGGCCGUAGGUGCCGCGAGUGCAUUGGUACCAUACGUCAUGGGAAUGCUGUAAAAAAAAAACAAUAGGAAAUGGCGUUCCACGGGUUGGCGAAUAUUGACGACGUCUUCUAUGGAGUGGUUUGUUUGGAGUUGAAGAUUCCCCCUUGUAUACAAAGUUCGCGAUAUGUGCACAUACCCUCUUUUUUCUUUUCUUUUUUUUCUUUUCUCUUUUUUCUCUUACCCUUUCACCAUUACUGGCAUGGCAGCACAAAGGACGUGCGCAUGCGAACUUCUUUGGGUACAGCUUUGCGCGUUGCGCUGGAACUAGCCAAAAUACUAUUCGAGAUACACAGCCACCGCUAAUGGUACUACGAAUUAAAAUACUAAACAAGACCGGUAGAAAGAUAGUACAGGACUUCAAAGUUAUAAUACUGCAUAUUAAAUUUCAAAUGACAUCCU